CAAGGUUCGACUUCUCGAAUAAUUUCCAGACAUCAGGCACGGACACGCAUUUUAAAAUCCUCAGAAAAUUAAUGUUCACAAACUAGAAGUCGAGACAAGAGCUUUGUUCUGUCAAUGUCUGGUUUGUGAGGCCUUUAUUUGAAAGUUUUAUACUUCCAAGUUAUAUACUAUCUGUAAAGAAUUAGAGGACUGGGUUCCAGAUAUUUGUGUUCAUCCAACAUGGCGAAUUCGAAGGGUAGCGCACUGGUUAUUUUGGCGGAAGGUGCAGAAGAAAUGGAAGCUGUUAUUACUGCGGAUGUUCUUCGACGGGGAAAACGCUCUGUUGUUGUCAAACCAGACAUGAGUCUAGAGGAUGCAGUUAAACAGGGUCCAUAUGAUGCUGUUAUUCUGCCUGGAGGACUAGGAGGAUCUAACAAUCUGGCUAAAUCUGCUAAAGUGAAAGAAAUUCUUCAAGAGCAGGAACAAAGUGGAAGAAUUAUCGGAGCCAUAUGUGCAGCUCCAACAGCACUUCAUGCACAUGGAAUUGGAAAAGGGAAGACUGUUACAUCACAUCCAUCUGUGAAAGAUAAAUUGGAUGGUUAUAACUACUCUGAAGACCGAGUGGUCAUAGAUGGAAACUUGGUAACUAGUAGAGGACCAGGAACAGCCUUUGAGUUUGGCAUUGAACUUGUGCGUGCAGUGCGAGGUGAUGAUGGUGAAGCUGACAAACUGGCAGGUCCCAUGCUGAUUAAGUAAAGCAACCACUCAGUUCCCGAGAAGAAAUAAUUAGUUUUAGCUUAAAGGCUAGAUCUCAGUUGUGAAUUAAUUAUUUGUAAUUUAUCAAGUCAUCAAGUAUUCUCGCUUUACUAUAACUCGUGUUAAUAACACGACGAUAGUACAGAGGUUUGAAUAAGAGCUGGUUGCUGGCCCCCUACCACCGCCUGUAAGACCCAUUACCACCGUCUGCUGAGCCUGCAAGCAGUGUUCUGAUUUUUAUCCCAAGAUAACUAACACAUCUAACCGUUGAUUGAUAGUUAUUGAAUCAGUUAGUGAUGAACCUUGGAAUGAGUAAUAAAAACAUUUAACCCAGGUUUGGUUUUGCAACCAUUUUGUUCAGAGAUUAUUGCUGUUAAUUUUUUUCUUGUGAAGGCAAAGACCACUCCUUUCAUUGUUUUAUGAAAGAUCAUCAAAAUAGUUAUGAAUUUAGAAAGGUAUUCAAAGUGCACCUCUAUCCAUCUUAAAUAUGAAUUGUUUGUUGGAAAAACAUAUUCUGUGGUCAAUAAAAAUUAUUUUAAACAACAA